AUGAGGACAAGGAAGCCUCCCUGCCCGGUGGAAAAAGGAUGGGUGGACAAGCACAAGGAUGACGAAGCGGAGAGGCAGCAUGACGAAAGAGAAGGUGCACUCGCCGCCGCGGCCCCCGCGGAGGGCCAGGAGGUGGAGGCUGUGAACGGGGUCUGCAACGACGACUCCGUUGAAAGCGAACUCAAGGGAGACCUGAAGAGAGCGAGGAAUGGAAAGAAACAAAGGAAACGGAAGCGUUCUCCAAAACCCAAACCCGUGGCCUCCAAGUUAGACUGGGUUUUGGCUGGUUUGUUGGCCGAUGGCGUGUGGUUUGAGAAGCCUUUCUACGAUCGCGCCGAGGACCUGUACAGGCAAAAACUGGUGGAUUGGCAGAACCAGGAGGCAGCGGAGACCACGCCGACGGCUGAGCAGUCCCUGUCGGUGGCCAGCUCAAAAGCUGUGCAAGAUGUUCCCAAGCCAAGGAUGGUUUCAGCAGCCCCACCCUGCUCCCAUGGCAGUCUGUUGGCUUGUCACCAUGUUGUUCAGGGUGUCUGGGUCAACAAGGUUGACUUUGAUAAGGCCGAGGAGACGUUUGUUGAAAAAUCUCAAUUCUUUGUUCCUCCGAAUGUCCUGACCAUCCCGUCUGCGUGGUCGAACGCUGGCAACGUUGGGCUGGGAACACCGGAUGAGGGCUACGUCACAGCCCUGCCCACUCCUGCCACACCAAGCGUAGCUCCAGCUGUCAUCUCUGAUUCUGCCGCUUCCUUCGUUACCAGUUCGCCUGGCUCCACGCACCAGAACGGUAAGCCACAGCUUUCGAGCUUGCAGGCCCUCAUGUCAGAGGUGUGGCUGGAGAAACCUCUCUACGAUGACGCUGAGAAGAGCUUCUACGAGAACAUGCUUGAUGGCCAUCUGUCAGACAAAGCCAGACAGCAGCAACGUGGCUGCCCCGAAGCAGCGAAGAACCACCAGGAGGACGGGAAGAACCACACCGUUGGAAAGCAAGUGGGCGUUGAGCGCGUGGAGGCCACCACCAGCUCUCUGCUUCCCAGCGAUGCCGAGCAACCUCCACCUACCUGCUUUUUUCUGCACAAGGACAGUGAAACUGUGUGGCUUAACAAGCCGACGUACGACCGUGCCGAGUCACGAUACUACGCGGCCGAGGCUCUGAAGAUGUCAAAAGCAGGAGAGGGCACGGGAACGCAGGAAUCCACCGUAGUGACACCCUCUCCACCAGCUGCUUAUCCUUCAAGUGAACCUGCGCCAGAAACGAAAAAAAUGGCAGUUGACUACUUCACGCACGAGAAGAUCUGGUUUGAGAAGUACAAGUACGACGAUGCCGAGAGAAGAUUCUACGAGCAGAUGAACGGGCCGGUUGGCAGUUCUUCAUGCCAGCAGAACGGAGCCAGCACGAUCCUACGCGACAUUGCCAGAGCCAGGGAGAAUAUCCAGAAAUCGCUGGCCGGA